AGAAGCUGCUGCUGUUGAGAAUAUCUUACAUCAUAUACCUCUGUGUGUGGAGUAUAAAACGUUGUGUGGAAGUCUCCUGUCAAUCACAGAUUGAUAUGCAAUGUCUCCUCCCCGGCUUACUGGAGCACUGCGCUCUUUCUCUACCGUCAGUAAGCGGGAAGAAUUCACUGAACACGUCUAUGAUCUUAAGCGCAAGCGUCUGAAGAGACAGGAGCUGUUCUCCAGAGAGGGUCUGACAUGGCAGAAGAUCGUCCAGUUCUUGACUCAGCAUCUGGAUAAGGCAGAGCAGCAAUCUGCAACACAGGAGCUGAAGAGCAUCCUACAGGCUGCCAAGCAAAUAGUGGGGGAAGAGCAUGGCCAGGACACCAUUGAGAGUGCGGCGGUUUUCCUGUUUGAGACGUUCCACAACAAAGACCAUGUCGGUCUUGAGGAGACCAGGGCCAUCAAGCAGAUGUUUGGCCCCUUCCCCUUUUCGGCAGCAGACACCUGCUGUGCUGCUGUGUCGCGGGCUGUGGCCCCACUGGGAGAGUCCCUGGUGGAGUUUGUUCGGUCCCAGAGUUCCUGCCGCACCCCUCAACGUAGCACUGCUUUUGGACGCAACAUCAGCUUCUCCUAUGACUGCUAUGCUCUGGACCCCCAGGAGGCCCUGCCCUGGACAGGGGGCCCUGAUGAAGAGACCUCUGGUGUGGGCCUGGACUUCAACAGCUUCCUCAACAACCAUCAGGGCCUUAUCGGGAAUGGGAGAGAGAUAGAUUGGGGAAGGCUAAGUUCAGGAGGAGCUCACAGCUCUGGAGAUGGGACCAUCCUGAGGGUGGAGGUGGAGAAGUACUUAAAUGGAGGCAACAUGAUCUCAUCCAGCCCUGAAGAACUGUGUAACUCCCUGUUUGAGAUGCUGGCAUCCGCAAAGAGUGAUGAUGAGCUGCAGAAUGAGCUGUUUGAGCUGCUGGGUCCAGAAGGAUUCGAGAUGAUAUCCGUUCUCCUCCAGAGUAGGGCUUCUGUCGUGGACUCUUUCCUCUCUGUCCCUGCAGACAGGAUCAACUACCCACCAGACGGUAGUCAAAAGAAUGGAAGUGGAGGAGAGGGGAUCAGCAAACCCAAGUAUGGCUGUCAGGUGAUCAUUCAGUCAGAGAAGGAGAAAGAGAUGAUGAGGAUGCACCGGAGAGAGGAGAAGAAGGAAAGGAAGAAGGGGGAGAGACGCUGGGAUGACCCAGAGGCCUCCUCAGACCUUUAUUUUGACCCCAAGGAGAUGAGGGCCCAGAGAGAGCAGGCACUGCUGACUGCCCGACGAUCUCCAGUGCUGAGCCGUGAGCGGGUAUACGAACGCAUCCGCUACCCCAAUGUCUACGACUGCUACUCUGAGGCCACCAAGACUUCCGCCUUUGUAGGAGGAGCCAAGCUGAUGUUACCAGAAGGGAUAAAGAGAGAGAAUAAUAAGAUGUAUGAAGAGGUGGAGAUUCCACCUAGUGAACCCAUGCCCAUCAGCUUUGAAGAGAAACCCAUCUACAUCUCUGAACUGGAUGAGGUUGGUAGGUUGGUGUUUAAGGGCAUGGAGCGCCUGAACCGGAUCCAGUCCAUUGUGUUUGAGACAGCCUACAACACCAAUGAGAACUUGCUAAUUUGUGCCCCUACCGGUGCCGGAAAGACGAACAUCGCCAUGCUCACUGUUCUCCAUGAAAUCAGACAACACCUCCAUCCCGGAGGUGUCAUCAAGAAGGAUGAGUUUAAGAUAGUGUAUGUAGCUCCUAUGAAGGCCCUGGCUGCCGAGAUGACUAAUUACUUCAGUAAGCGUUUGGAGCCACUGGGCAUUGCUGUCAAAGAGCUCACUGGAGACAUGCAACUAACUAAAGGGGAGAUCCUCCGUACACAGAUGCUGGUUACCACUCCUGAGAAGUGGGACGUGGUAACCAGGAAGAGUGUUGGGGAUGUGGCACUGUCCCAAAUCGUAAAGCUCCUCAUCUUGGACGAGGUGCACCUGCUGCAUGAGGACAGAGGACCUGUCCUGGAGAGCCUGGUAGCCAGGACACUCAGACAGGUGGAGUCAACCCAGAGCAUGAUCCGGAUCUUGGGUCUUUCAGCCACCCUGCCCAACUACCUGGAUGUCGCCUCUUUCCUCCACGUUAACCCCUAUAUCGGACUCUUCUACUUUGAUAGCCGCUUCAGGCCUGUUCCCCUUGGACAGAGCUUUGUCGGCAUUAAGACCACCAACAAGAUUCAGCAGCUUCAUGACAUGGACGAGGUUUGCUACGAGAAAGUUCUGGAGCAGGUCAGAAAUGGACAUCAGGUAAUGGUGUUUGUCCAUGCUCGUAAUGCCACAGUGAGGACUGCCAUGGGCCUGAUUGAGAUGGCUAAGAACCGCGGAGAGUCUUCCAUCUUUCAGCCGGACCAUGGACCUGACUACGGCCAGUGUGAGAAAUCGGUCCAGCGCUCCAGGAACAAACAGAUGAAGGAGAUGUUCCCUGAUGGUUUUGGCAUCCACCACGCUGGAAUGCUGCGGUCCGACCGCAGCCUGAUGGAGAGCAUGUUCUCCAGGGGUUACCUCAAGGUUCUGUGCUGUACGGCCACAUUGGCAUGGGGCGUCAACCUGCCUGCACAUGCUGUCAUCAUUAAGGGCACCCAAAUCUAUGAUGCCAAACGGGGUACACUGGUGGACCUGGGUAUCCUGGAUGUGAUGCAGAUCUUCGGGCGUGCCGGACGACCCCAGUUCGACAAGUUCGGCGAGGGGACUAUCAUCACAGCUCACGACAAGCUUAGCCACUACCUCACUCUACUCACCCAGCAGAAUCCCAUAGAGAGCCAGUUCCUAGAGACCAUGGCUGAUAACCUCAACGCUGAGGUAUCACUGGGAACGGUAACUAACGUGGAGGAGGCAGUGAGGUGGCUGAGCUAUACCUACCUGUACAUACGCAUGAGAGCCAACCCACUGGCCUACGGGAUCAACCACAAAGCUUACCAAAUGGACCGGGGACUUGAGCUGUACCGUAAGGAGCUGGUGGUGGAGGCAGCCAGGAAGCUGGAUAAGGCCAGGAUGAUUCGCUUCGAAGAGAGGACUGGAUACUUUGCCUCCACCGACCUCGGAAGAACCGCCAGUCACUUCUACAUCAAAUACAACACAAUUGAGACCUUCAAUGAGCUCUUCAACUCCCAGAGGACAGAGGCUGACAUACUCAGCAUCGUAUCCAAGGCUGAGGAGUUUGAACAGGUCAAGGUGCGUGAUGAGGAAAUGGAGGAGCUAGAGCAAAUGCUGUGUAACUACUGUGAGCUACCUGCUGCAGGCGGAGUAGAGAAUGGCUACGGCAAGAUUAACAUCCUCCUGCAGACAUACAUCGGCCGGGGAGAGGUGGACAGCUUCUCUCUCAUCUCAGACCUGUCCUAUGUAGCGCAGAACGCAGCUCGCAUCGUCAGGGCUUUGUUUGAGAUUGCUCUGCGAAAGCGCUGGCCUGCCAUGACCUACCGCCUGCUGAACCUGUGUAAAGUGAUAGACAAGCGUCUGUGGGGCUUUGCUCACCCCCUGAGACAGUUCUCUAUCCUGCCCAGCAACGUGCUGUCUCGGCUGGAGGAGAAGAAACUAAGUGUGGAUAAACUCAAAGACAUGCAAAAGGACGAGAUUGGUCAUAUGCUCCACCACGUCAACAUUGGGUUAAAGGUGAAGCAGUGUGUCCAUCAAAUUCCCUCCAUACUGAUGGAGGCCACCAUCCAACCAAUUACACGCACCGUACUCAGGGUCCGCCUCCAGAUCACCCCUGACUUCAAGUGGCAUGACCAGUGCCAUGGUUCAGUAGGAGAGCCCUGGUGGCUGUGGGUAGAAGACCCUAUCAAUGAUCACAUCUACCACUCUGAGUACUUCCUCCUGCAGAAGAAACAGGUGGUGAGUGGGGAGCCCCAGCAGGUGGUGUUCACCAUCCCUAUUUUUGAGCCCAUGCCCUCUCAGUAUUACAUCAGAGCUGUAUCUGACCGCUGGUUGGGCUCUGAGGCCGUCUGCAUCAUCAACUUUCAACACCUCAUACUGCCUGAGAGACACCCUCCACACACUGAGCUGCUAGACCUACAGCCGUUGCCCGUCACAGCCCUGGGGAACCCGGAGUAUGAGAGUCUGUACAAGUUCACCCACUUCAACCCCAUUCAGACACAAAUCUUUCAUACACUUUAUCACACUGACACCAAUGUCCUGCUGGGGGCGCCAACGGGCUCUGGGAAAACCAUUGCUGCUGAGUUGGCCAUGUUCAGAGUCUUCAACCAGUAUCCCACCUCCAAGGUGGUGUACAUUGCUCCUCUGAAAGCUCUUGUCAGGGAGAGGAUUGAGGACUGGAAAGUCAGGAUAGAGGACAAACUGGGCAAGAAGGUUGUGGAGCUAACAGGUGAUGUGACUCCAGACAUGCGGGCCAUUGCUGCGGCAGACCUGAUCGUGACCACGCCAGAGAAGUGGGACGGCGUGAGUCGCAGUUGGCAGAACCGCAGUUAUGUCCAGAAAGUAGCCAUCCUCAUCAUAGAUGAGAUCCACCUGCUAGGUGAAGACAGAGGUCCCGUGCUGGAGGUCAUUGUAUCCAGGACCAACUUUAUUUCCUCCCACACCAACAAGACUGUCCGCGUGGUUGGCCUGUCCACGGCCCUGGCCAAUGCACGAGACCUUGCCGACUGGUUAGGGAUUGGACAGAUGGGUUUGUUUAACUUCAGACCCUCUGUGCGUCCUGUCCCUUUGGAAGUCCACAUCCAGGGCUUCCCAGGACAGCACUACUGCCCUCGCAUGGCCAGCAUGAACAAGCCUGUCUUUCAAGCCAUUCGCAGUCACUCUCCGGCCAAGCCUGUUCUGAUCUUUGUGUCGUCACGACGACAGACUCGUCUGACAGCUCUGGACCUAAUAGCCUUCUUGGCCACAGAAGACGACCCCAAACAGUGGCUGCACCAGGAUGAGACCCAGAUGACAGAUAUCAUUGCCACGGUGAGAGAGUCCAAUCUGAAGCUGACUCUGGCAUUCGGCAUCGGCAUGCAUCACGCUGGACUACAUGAGAGGGACAGGAAAACUGUGGAGGAACUGUUUGUCAACUGCAAGAUCCAGGUAUUAAUAGCCACCAGCACUCUUGCCUGGGGGGUUAACUUCCCAGCCCACUUGGUCAUCGUCAAAGGUACUGAGUACUAUGAUGGGAAGACCAGACGCUACGUGGACUACCCCAUUACAGACGUGCUGCAGAUGAUGGGCCGUGCAGGCCGCCCUCAGUAUGACGACCAGGGCAAGGCAGUGAUCCUUGUCCAUGACAUAAAAAAAGACUUCUACAAGAAAUUUCUGUACGAACCCUUCCCAGUCGAGUCCAGUCUUCUGGGUGUGCUGUCUGACCAUCUGAAUGCUGAGAUUGCAGCAGGAACCAUUGCCUCUAAACAGGACGCUAUGGACUACAUCACCUGGACAUACUUCUUUCGCAGGCUGGUGAUGAACCCCAGUUACUACAGCCUGGAUGAUAUCACCCAUGAGACAAUCAACAAAUAUCUUUCCAACCUGGUGGAGAGGAGUCUCAGAGAUCUGGAGAGUUCCUAUUGUAUAGAAAUUGGAGAGGACAAUUGCACCAUUGAACCUUUGACAUAUGGCCGUAUCUCCUCCUACUACUACCUGAAGCACCAGACAGUCAAGAUGUUCAAGGAGAGGCUGAGGGCUGAGCUGCCUAUCGAGGACAUUCUCUCUGUCCUCACGGAUGCAGAGGAGUACGGGGAAUUGCCCGUCAGGCACAAUGAAGACCAGCUGAACAGUGAGCUGGCUCAGCGUCUCCCCCUCCAGGUUAACCCUCACAGCUAUGACAGUGCCCACACCAAGACCCACUUACUGCUGCAGGCCCAUUUCAGCCGGGCUCAGCUGCCCUGCUCUGACUACGGCACUGACACCAAAACCGUCCUGGACAACGCCAUACGCAUCUGUCAGGCCAUGCUGGACGUAGCAGCCAAUGAAGGCUGGCUGGUGACUGCUCUCAGCAUCUGUAACCUGGUGCAGAUGAUUGUUCAGGGGAGGUGGCUCAAUGACUCCUCUCUACUGACUCUGCCUCACAUAGAACAACAGCACCUGUACCUGUUCAGGAGGUGGCACUUGAAGGAAGGGAUGGGCAGAGCCAGGGGAUUUCACCGACCAAUUGAAGGGCUCCCUGAGCUGAUUGCCACCUGUGAGGGGCGGGAGAACAUCUUUGCUGCCAUCGUCGGAGAGGUGCUUCAGACCAAUCAGAUCACCCAGGUAUGGUCUUUCCUUAGCCAUCUGCCGAUCGUGGAAGUGAUACUGAGUGUAAAGGGUUGGUGGGAGGGAUGUGGGGAGCAGACAGAGCGCCCCCUCCCUGUGGCUGGAGGGAAGUACAAAGACAACACAAGCUGGCUGGCUGUCCACGCUGACCAGGAGUACGUCUUGCAGGUCUCACUGCAGCGUAUCAACACCGGCCAGCAGAGGAGGAAGCAGGACAGUAAAGCCCAGGCCCCCAGGUUCCCUAAGAAUAAGGAUGAAGGCUGGUUCCUGGUUCUGGGAGAGGUGGACCGCAAAGAGCUACUGGCAGUCAAACGCGUUGGUUACUGCAGACAACGCAACAACAUUUCCCUGGCCUUUUACACACCAGAGAAGACUGGAAAGUGUAUCUACACAUUGUACCUGAUGAGUGACAGUUACCUGGGUCUGGACCAGCAGUAUGACCUCCACCUCAAUGUGACCCCUCCCUCUGUUGCUGCUCAAGUCAACUCUGAGGUCACUGAGACCAUAAGAGGGAUGCCCAUGAAGUGACAAACUAACCUGACGUCUUUAUGGUUCACAACUCACUGUACUAAUACCCACCACAAGUUGCAUCAUGCAAUAUAAACCUACUUGUUUUCCAGGGAAUUACCAUAUGCUUCCCCAGUUAUAUAGCUUAUAUUUCUGGUUUUCGGCCUACAAUCAAAUGUUCCUUGAAUCCACCAACUUUUGAAAGGGUUGUGAGAAAACAAAAAACUACUGUAGGUAUCUUGAUUUACAAAUUUGAUUGUGAGUGCAAUACUAAUUUAAUGUUCUGUGGGAGUGAGCUGCUGAGAUAAAAAAUUACCAGUAGGAGCAGAGAGGUGCACAAAUCAUCCUCAUUUAUGACAGGAAAAUGCCGGCGUCACUUUGUCAUACAGGAAAAGGCUUCUCCAUGAGAGGAGUUUGGUUUAUUUAAACUGAGGAGGAACUGGAAUUCUAUAUAGAAACAUGCUUCAUUGUAGUCCUGCAGUGCUAUGGGGUUACAAUUAGAAGUGCCCAAUUAUCACAUCUGUUGGAUAAAAUAUAGACACUGCCCUUCCCCCAUGUUCUUUAUUUUUUGCCUUACAAUAAAAGUUCAUCUUCCUCUUCCUUUGCUCUUCGCAUGCUUAGGAAGAUGAAUCAAUAGAUGAUCAAAGUGUCAUAGUCACACAACAAACAGAACAAUGUCACCAAAAUAAAAAGAGAAAUGUGUAAAGAUAUCAAUGUUCAAUUGUAUUUUGUAACUAUUACUUUAUUUAUUAUCAGAGAACUGACUACUAUAUUUUAGAAACAAAUUCACAAUGCAAAAUACACUUUUUUUUUCAAUUUUCUAGAUUGUACAAUUAAUCAAUGUACAUGUUGUAACUUCUCUUGAUUAAAUAUGAUGACUUUGG